GAUUUUACAUUCAGUUUUUUGGUUCUUUUUCCUUAUUAAUGCAUUUUUGUUAUUCUCAACACUAGUUAAAUUUUAAAUUACCGUAGUAUUAAAAAUUCAAUUUCUCAAAUACUUAAACCUAGUUUACUUUACUUUAAUUUAAUUUAACCAUUGUAUGACUAUUUAUUGUGAUAUUUGAUAGUUCACUUACUUUAUAAUUUUGUAUUUUGUUUUUUACAUUUUUGGAAAACGUUUUUAUUCUGCAACCAGUAAGUUCCUUAUUUUUUAUACAAUGGCACAAAACGUCAAUCCUAGACUUGAAAGCAGUUCUUCAGACUCUCCAAAACGAAGUGAGGACAUGAAUGACAGAUUUGAAUCAAAUAAAGUUGUUCAAAGGUAAUUGAUUUCUAUGAAAAUAUUUAGUCUACGCCAUUUUAUAACUAUAAACUUUUUUAUGUAUUAUUUAUACAAUUUAUCUAUUAUUUUUGUUUUAGAUUACAAAAAGAAUUGAUGAGUUUGAUGGUAAGUUUGAUAAAUUAGUACCUUCCUAUUUGUAUUUAACAUUACCUAAUAUAUUUAAUUGUUAUGUGUAUAUUUACCUAUAUGAAUAAGAGAAUUAGAUAACAAAUUAUAUAAGUGUUGUAAUCAGUUAUGAAAAGUAAUUUUAAAUAAGUAAAUGGAGUUUCCGUAACUUCAAUAUAAAAAUUUAAUUAAAUUACCAUUUUAAGUAACUUAACAUAAAUAUACAAUAUAAAUAUUUAAUCUGGUGUUCUAGAUGUCAUGUGAUUCGUCAGUAUCAGCCUUUCCUGAUGGUGAUAAUCUUUUUAAAUGGGUUGCUACUAUUGUCGGCCCCAAAGAUACCGUAAGUUUAUUUGUUAUUAAAUAUAAAAUAUAUUAAUGUUUACUACAUGAUUAUUUUGUUUUUAGGUGUACGAAAAUUUAAAAUACAAAUUAAGUAUGGAAUUUCCACGUGGUUAUCCAUAUAAACCACCAACUGUCAUAUUUUUAACUCCAUGUUUUCACCCUAAUGUUGACUUUGAAAGUGGUGCCAUUUGUUUAGACAUUUUAAAAGAAAAAUGGUCUGCUAUGUAUGAUGUAAAAUCAAUAUUAAUUUCAUUACAAUCUCUUCUUGGUGGUAAUUAUCAAACAUUUUAUUAUAUCUAUAUAAAUGACUACUAUACAUAUUAUAAGUAGAAGAUCUGGAAUUAACAUCAAUAAUAUUUUAAAUAUGAACUAAAACAUUAUUUUCAAAAGACAUUUCCUUUAUCUUGUAUAAUUUUGAUAUCAUGGACUCUGAAUGUGUGUUAUUGGUGUUCAAUUAUAAAAAUUAGUAAACACAUAAAAUACUAAUGUUAUUUUGUUUGUUUAAUAUCAGUUUCAAUAUGAUAGAAUUAAAAAAAAAAAAAAUGAAUAAAGUAUACUAAAAUUGCUGGUAAUAGGUAAUAUGAGUACUUACAUACUACUAGAAAAAUUUAGCAAUAGGCUAGUAUAUACCAUUAACUUUAUUAAUAUGUGUACUAAGUAUUUGAUACGCUAGUUUUCGUUUUAAACAAGAACGUAUCAAUAUAGUCUUAUACGCUGUGUCAGGCCACAUUUUACACACCAAAUAUAGAUGCUUUUGAUGUGGAUUUACGAGCUAUUGUGUAAACUUGGUUGUAUCAAACUUUUGAUGCGGAUUUACUUGGUGCCCAUUUCUUAGUAUCAGUACUAAACUAGAUCAAUAUUAUAUUUGUGUAUAUUUCCAUUGAAUAUAUGUGUGUAAUUGUUAUCUAUAAUUUAGAAUAUAAUAAUCAAAUAAUAUGGAUAUUGUACUUUUAAAUAAGGGCUACACUGAUUAAUUUGUAUACAAAUAUAAAUAAUACAUGUUAAUUAUACAUUUUUGUAGUUUUAAUAGAUAAUUAAUUGAAUGUUUUAAUUUUUGUAACAACAAAUUAUCGAUACUCUUUUAAUAUUACCUAAUUAUUUUUUAAUUUUAUUAUUUAUUUUAUUUAUCUUAUAGAGCCAAAUAAUGAAAGUCCUUUAAAUGGUAAAGCAGCACAACUGUGGCCAAGGCAAGAAGUUUUUAAAGCAACAUUGUUAAGUACAUAUAAAGAGUCAGAAUCAAACUAAUGUGUGUAAGUGUAGUUGUAAGUGUGGUGGUUAUUAACAACCUAAUUGAUCAUUAUAUAACUAAGUUUUUUUCCCUUCAGUAAUUCAUUAAUCAUAUAACAAACAUUCAAUAAACUAUUCUACCUAGACGCCAGGAAAGUACUUAUUUUCUGUAUUGUAUAACAAAAUUCAUGUUCUCUAAAUGAUAAUACACUUUAGUUUUAAGUCCAAAAAUAUACUUUUUACAUAACUUUUUCCUUUCUGUAUUUGUACUAUUUACAAUCAUAAUAUAACUGCUUAUUUAAGUGCAAAUUAAACCUAAUUAGUUUAAUUUGUAAUAGUUAUUAUUUUUGUAGGGGUAUAUUGUUUUACAUGUUUUUUUUUUUAGUAAAUUACUCAAGAUUUUUCCUUAUUAUUUUUUUAAGUAAAACUAAAAAAGAUAUAUUUUAAGUAUUGAUUUAUAAUACAUAUCAUAUUUUUCAAUAUACCAUCUUAGAAAAAUCUUAUUGAAAAAAAAAAAUAUCAAAGUGUGUUAAACACUUUAUUUUUUUUUAAUUCUUAUAUUCGUAUUCUUUUAUUGGGUGAAUUGAACUGAAUAAGUAAUAGUUAAUCUUAAAUUUCCUAUUGUAUUUCCUGGUAAUAUGUACUAUUUUAUUGUGGAAGUAAUAUGGCACUUAGUACUAGCCUGUUAAAUACAUAACAAUCAUGUCUCAACAUAUAUUAAUUUUUAAAUAAAUAUAGUUGUGUAAAAAAAAAUGUUAUUUACAACUAAAUAUAUUAACGAAAUAAUUGAUAUCCUCAAAAUAUAGUUAUUAUUUUUAUUUACCUUAUACCCAUAGGUUGGUCCACAACUCUAUUAUAAUUGAUUACUCACCUUUUCUUUUUAUUCUUUAAAUCUUUUAAAUUAUCCAAACAAUUUCAAACAUUUUUUU